CUCCUUCUACUAUCACCUCUCUCCUCUUACUCCUUCUUUUAAACUCCUCGUUCGCGCUCGUAAACAGAACCGUCAAUAUCAUUACGAUGCAGUUCACCAUGACCACCUUCCUCCCCACCUUCUUCGCGUUCGCGAUCCUCACUCUCACCUCGCUUGUCGCCGCCCAAACCACUCAAACCAUCCGCUACGACACAAACUAUGACACGUCCUCCAACUCCCUCUCAACCGUCGCUUGUUCCGACGGCACGAACGGUCUCCUCACCAAGGGCUACAGCACCUUCGGCUCCCUCCCCGACUUCCCUUACAUCGGAGCGGCCGGUGCCGUCGAGGGUUGGAACUCGGCGAGCUGUGGAACUUGUUGGAGGUUGACGUACACCCCUAGUUCGGGAACGAGCUACAGUGUGGUGGUUUUGGCGAUGGAUCAUGCGGAUGACGGGUUUAACAUCUCCGAGGAGGCGUUGAACGAGUUGACGGGUGGACAAGCAGAGGCGGCGGGGACUGUGCAGGCGACUGUGGAACAGGUUGAUGCGAGCGAGUGUGGGUUGGCGUAAUGAAACGAAAUUAUUAUCCGCUUGACACACUGCUUUGGACCUUUGCUUUGAACUUCUCUUUUGGUUGUUGUGCCUCUCAUGGACCUCAUCACGGACUUCAUCACGGACUAUAAUUUGACUCACGGACCUCACAUCUACGAUGCAUUCUUUUGCAGUCUCUUUCGUUCUAAUAAAAU